AUGUUUCGCGCCAGUCUUCUUCUCAGCCUUGCGACCGCUGUUCUUGGACUUUCGGCAGGCGAUCUCAAGGUUUCCGUCAAGGCAGUCUCGCCGUCAGUCAAAUCCGUGGACGACAUUGUCAUCACAGCAGUAGUGAGCAACCCGACCAAGAAGGACAUCCGUGUCAUCGCGAAGAACAACAUUCUGGAUGGCUCUGCGACGCGUUCAUUUGCCGUUAGCAAAGCAGACAACUCAGUGUUGUUCACUGGUGUGAGGACCACUCUCGAUUUGACCGCCGAAGGCAUCUACACUACCAUUCCGGCGGGAUCGUCCAUCGCGGCUCAUUCCGGUUUGUCCCCAAUACCUUUUUCCAAACUGGUCCCAGUGCAGCCCCGAUCCAUGUCGACACCAAUAACAUCUCUAUUGAAGUCACGCAUGAUGUGGCCAAACGCGAACUUUUUCCCGCUGCAAGCCCGCACUUCCACGCCAGUCUGCGGAGACGCUGGCAAGCUGCAGAUCAUAAAAGACUCAUUGUCGUACGGAAGGUCUCUUGCUGGUGGUGCUGCGAGCGAUAUCAAAACCCAUCCGAACUCGGCGGAAUUCAACACCUACUUUGGCGGCAAUAAUCAGAACGAUAUUUGGUACAACAUGGAUCGCAUUGCGGGCGACCUUUCGAGCAUUUCUGGUGACCGAACUAUCAACUGCAACAACGACCCUGCCGCACUCUGUGGAGGCAAUGGUGGCGUCAUCGCGUACACUAUUGUUGUCACCAGCGGCGGAAAGAUUGUUGGAAGCAAUAUCUACACUUGCGAAAUUUUCUAUACUCUCGUCCAGCCCACCCCCAGCGUCUGUACCAAUGGCUUCGACUCCACCACAUCAAGCAGAGGCGGCGUUAUUCUUCACGAGCUCUCUCACGCGACCUCAGGCUCCGCCGAUAUCAUCUAUGGCUGCAGCAAUACGGCUCAGCUCUCCGCAGCGAACAAGAAGAACAACGCGGACAACUACAGAUGUAUGGGGCUGGCGAUCUACAAACACUACAACUGCUAG